CACUGUCGGCCACGUAGGAGCAGUUGACACUCGCGACUCGAUGAGAGCAGACGUGGACGGACGCUGCGGCGGUUCAUGCUUCUAAAAACUUGCAACCGUGCAAAAGGUCCAAGAUGAAGGUGAAAGAGAUAAAUCAGAUGGCCAAUGUGGCCUGGUCACCUGCUAGUGUCUAUCCUCUAUACCUAGCCUGUGGCACAGCGGCUCAGCAACUGGAUGCCAGCCUCAACACCAACUCAACACUUAAUAUCUACAAUGCAAACUUGGGACAGGCAAAUCUGGAGACAAAAUUGGCUGUGUCUGUGGAAACGCCAGGAAGAUUUCAUGCCUUAGAUUGGACUGGAGACCAAGGUUCAGGCGUAAUUAUAGGAGGAUGCGACAAUGGGGUUUUGUACGUGUACGACGCUAAUAAACUAAUUGCUAAUCAGACUGACCACCUUCUAGGGUCCACAGAAAGUCAUCAUUCAGGACCAAUUUUCUCUCUAAGCAGCAACCCAUUGAAGAGUAACUUGGUGGCCACGGGAUCAGUGGAUUGUGACCUGCUAAUUUGGGAUGUAAACAACCUCUCUAGUCCCAUGACACCUGGCAAGAAGGCGAAUCUAGGAGCUAAUGUCACUUGUGUCCAGUUUAACAGACAAGCAGAACACAUAUUAGCCUCAACAUAUGCAGGGCACUGUGUGAUAUGGGAUCUCAAGAAGAGCGCAUCAAUCAUCUCGAUUGUGGAUUCUGUCUCAAGGAUGAAAGCCAAGAGCAUUAGCUGGAACCCUGAUGUAGCAACACAGCUCUUGCUGGCAAGUGAUGAUGAUGCAACACCCAUGGCCCAAGUGUGGGAUCUGCGUUAUGCUAAUGCUCCUCUCAAGACCCUAGAGGGACACCAGAGAGGUAUCCUAGCAACAGCUUGGUGUGUUCAAGAUUCCAGUUUACUCAUGACAGCUGCGAAGGAUAAUAAAAUCUUUGUGUGGAACCCUGAUUGUGGAGAGAGAGGGUCUGAAAUCGUCUGCGAAUUUCCUUCUUAUAACCAGUGGAGUUUCAACUUGGAUUGGUGUAAGCGAGACCCAUCCCUAGUCGCUACUUCUUCUGUGGAUGGAACUGUAAGCGUUUACUCAAUCCUCGGAGGUGGUUUGCCACCAACACAAGCUGACAAGUUCUCGGCCAUUGCGGAUUCUUUCCCAGGCAUGGAAAUGCCUGCAGUGGUACCCCAGGGAGCCACUCCACAACCUAUUCAGGUCAAGAACCCACCUAAGUGGUUCCGAAGGCCAUCUGGAGCAAACUUCUCAUUUGGUGGUCGACUAGUUUCUUGGAAUAAGCAGAGCAGAGCUGUGGCCAUCUCACAGGUGGUAACGGAAGAGAAGUUGGUGGAACGAAGUGUUCAGUUAGAGAAUGCUCUCUCACAGUCUCAGCUUGGCCCAUACUGCCAGGCUAAAGCAGAAGCUGCUGCCAAACCCAGUGAUCAGGUUUUAUGGAAGUUCAUUGGAGCCAACUUUGAAACAGCUCCACGAACACACUACAUGAGUCUGCUUGGCUAUAACAGUUCACAAGUCUCAGACAAGGUUCGCCCUCCAGCACCUGUAGCUGAUGGUAUUGCAGCAGAGGUUCUGGCUGAUAAGAUGGAAAAUCUUGGCACAAACGAUGGCAGCACCAGCUCACUUGACCCCAGUGAGCAGUUUGAGAUGAUUGCUUCAGCUCAGUCCUUCGACAAGACUCCAGAACUUGAGGAAAUAGAACCAGAGGUGGAGACUAAGCCCUCCAAGGUGGAGCUUAAUGUGGAGGAGACAAGUGGAAGUAAUGAAGGACUGAUUACCCAAGCACUUUUGGUCGGGGACUUGGAAUCGGCAGUUGAAUUGUGCGUAAAGGACAAACAUUUCACCCAUGCAUUGACACUUGCUGCUCAUGCUGGCCAGGAGCUCUACGCAAAAACCCGUGACAGUGUCUUGAAACAAGUCGAUGGCUCUCUAGCUCCCUUGAUUGGGGCAGUUGUCCGUGGAGAUUUGACCUCAAUAACCACAUCUUGCAACCUUGGCAAUUGGAAGGAGGCCCUAGUGGCAGCUCUUACAUACUGUGAAGAUGCCCAGUUCAUUGCUCUUGCAGAGAAUCUUGGUGAACGUCUAGAGGCAUCUAACAUUGGAGAAUAUAUACCCUCUGCCAUGAUUUGCUAUGUUUGUGCUGGCAGUUUGGAGAAGUUUGUUUCUUGCUGGUCAAAGAUGCAACCAAACUUGAGCAACCCUAAUGAAUUACAGGACCUGGUUGAAAUAAUAAUGGUCCUCCAAAGGUCCCUUGCAGCAGCCGGUCGACCUGUAAACCUAAGUGAAGGGAGCACUGUAAGCUCACUCUUGUGCCAGUAUGCAUCUCUCCUGGCAGCCCAGGGUGCUCUGAACACAGCUGUGUCCUAUCUGAACUCUGCUACACAGGGUGAGAUGAUUGAAUUACGUGACCGCUUGUACCGUGCACUGGGAUACCAGACUGGGAGGACUAACCAGCAAGUGCACAAUGUUGUUCCUCAACCAUCGUUCAGACAGACUCCAACUCCACAAGGUUAUCAGUCUCAGGGAGGGGGCUGGGCUGGGAGCAGUGGCAGUCAGCAACCAGUGGGCGGUUUUACGACAUACCAACCACCAAGCAUUCAGGGCAUCUUUCUCCAGCUUUAUCCUGGUCAGAAUUAUCAGUGUAUUCAGGUUCCCCAGCCAUCUGCCACAGAAUUGUUGCCAAGCCAGUUCACUCCAUCAGUUCAAGCACAACAACGCAAUAUAUAUGGAGAACCCACUGCACCACCACAGGCUGCACCUGCUCCAUCCUUAUUCACUCCUGCACCUCAUGUGUCUCAGCCACCGGUGCCAAAUCCACCAACGUUUGGAGUGCCCCCUCUGACGCCAAUGCAGCCGACCAUGGCUGCUGUACCCUCAGGCCCACCACCCACUGUAGUCGGUCACACUGGAG